AUGCACCAGGUUCGUGGGCUCGUGCGCCGAUCAUCCGCUCCAGCACUGCGUCUGCUGGAGAAGCGUAUCGUGCCACACGAUGUGACCACCUGCUUCGUGGGGGCUGCCUUUGUGGAUGGCGAGGGUGUGCGCGCUGGUGUUCAACUACUCCAUCCCUCCGCGCUGCUGCAGUUGUUGGAGGACAUGCCCAAGUCGGAAGCCCUCCUCAGUGUGCGGGAGGCAAAGAAGGCGGUGUUGGCGUCAGGGGACGCUGCGCCACCUCAUGCCGCACUGCGCGCAACUAGCUCCUCGCUAUGCGUCAAGUACACCACCCCGUACACCAUUGCAGAGCUGCGCCGCCGCCAGUUGCGAUUCCUCGCAAAGACGGAGGGCCGGCUGAUGGCGCACGACCUCCCCGUCGUGGAAGCCUUCACACAGGGUUUACUGGCAAGAACUAAUUCGGGGCAGCAGCAGCACCAGCAGCAAAAAGGAGAACCACAACAUGAGGCUUUUCACCCCGAGGAAGUUGUGGUGUACCGCGGUAUCGUGGAGGAGUUGGCCAGGAUAAAUCCCCCUGCUGCGCUCGCGCUAGCGAUAAACAGAAAACUGCCCUCCCUUGGUAGCGGUGCAAGCGCGGCGCUGGCACAAUUGGUUAGCCUCGACAAAUCAGCGGCUCUGCUGUCGUUCCUUGAAGGCUUUGCAGAGAAGGAUGAGAUGUCUACAGCGUCAGAAACGUGUGCAACGCAGGUGGCAAUACGCUUGCGCAACAAGCUGUGGGAACUACGAGAGGCGAGUCCAACUGACCCCACAAAGGCGCUGCUGGGCGAUUCACUCGCAGUGGCGUGCCGCUUCAACGUGGAUCCCGGUGCGGUGUUUCCAACAGACGCCGGCGCAAUCCAGCGCUGGAGCUCACAGUUUCUGCAGGAUAGUAUGUGGCCGAUGGAGCGUGCGGCAGUCAUCUCUGACAUUGUGCGUCGCAAGCAGUUGAUGCCGCGACGAGUGUCGCUCGAUUGCCUCAGCAGCUGGUGUCUCAACGACCUGGAGCGACCCUGGCUCUCCGGAUUGUUGGGCACCUGUCAGAAUGAGGCGAUGACGAACAGUCCGAUGGAGUCGGUGUACCGCUCGGCGCUUGCGUGCGCGCUGAAAGAACCGAAGCGGUACCUGGUGGACAGCCGGCUGCUGCAGCAGUACGCGGCUUUGCUGAGGGGCGGUGACAUGGAGCCCACACAUCCCAGUUUCGCACACUUCAUCGAGGAAUGUGGAGAGUGCCACGACGACACCGAGAGGCCGGCAGAGCUGAGCUUUCUGCUGCAAGUGACACAGGGGACUGUCAUGGAUGCGUUGGUGGCGCUCGCCCCGCAGUGUUCCUACUGGCGCACACUACUCUCAAUGAAACAGGAUGGCAACGAGGCAUUUGUCGCCCCUCAGGGGCAUGUGCGUGUGACAGUGAAACUUCCGCGUGUGCACGAGUGUGUUGAGGCGGCGAUGCGCACAGCGGGGGCAUCCUCGUCCUUGUGCCUGUCAGUCCUCUACGAGGACGAAGACCUAGUUGUCUUUAAUAAACCGCCGCAUAUGGCUACAUCCCGACACGCCCUCAGCUGCACUCAACUGGGAGACGCGACGGUGACUGAUAUUGUCUCACUGGUGCUUGCGUCGCCAGAGCGUGGGCGCGUUGUGCGUGGUGUAUUCCGCCAGGGCCAGGUACACCGCCUUGACACGGAGACAAGCGGUUGCCUCAUCAUGGCAAAAAGCGACUGCGCGGCGACCUCGCUGCGCCAUCAGAUGGGGACGAGUGCAGCGUAUGCACAGAAUAACAAAGUCUACCUCGCUCUGUGUGCGGUGCUGGAGCCAGAUCUUUCACGUAUCCCAUUGCAAGGUGUGCUGCGGGACCCGUUAGACGUGAAAAUCACCACGCGGUAUCGUGUUGUGCGCUUCUUCCGGCAGUCACGUGUCGCCCUUGUGGAGUGCCGUAUCCAGCAGGGUAAGAAGCAUCAGAUACGGCGUCACCUUGCAACAGCGGGGUUGCCGAUUCUGCAGGAUCUUGAUCACGGUGGGGCGGCAUGCUGUACGCCUGUCAUUCAGCGUGUGGCUCUGCACGCCGCCGCUCUUACAAUUGUGCACCCACGCACUGCUAACGUCAUCACAUUUGUUGCGCCGCUGACGGCGGACUUUCAGGAGGCCAUCCGUCAACUCAAGUGA